AUGUUUUUUGAUGAAUAUUUAUUGUCUUGUUCCAAAAUUCUAUUAUCUAUUUCAGACAAAAGAGGCAAAAAAAUAUGUGAAACAUUUGAUCUGUUGGAUAUUGAUGGAGAUGGCUUACUAAGCCGAGAUGAAAUGGCAGCUCUCCUGAAGAUUAUUAAAGUAGAACCAACGAGACUUGAGCUUGAUAUUAUCUUUCAAGAAAUGGACUCUAACAAAACAGGUGCAAUAAACAAAGAAGAUUUCGUCCGGUAUAUGAGUACACCACCGACGCAUCGGACAACUAUUUCAGAACUUGAACGAUAUUUCCGAAUAUACGAUGGUGAUGGUGAUGGUGCCAUAGAAAUCGCGUUUUCAGAUGAAGCAGUGGGAAUUUUAAAAGAAACCAUGCAAGUAACUGAUCGUGAAAUGAUUGAGAAAAUUUUCCAGCUAACUGAUAGCAAUCAAGAUGGACUUAUUUCAUUUGAUGAAUUCAUGAAUAUGAUCAAAGAAUCAUCAGCAUAA